AUGUCGGCCGACUUCUGGUCCGGCUACGUCAGUGGGGCCGUAGGGAUCAUCAUCGGCAACCCCUUGGACCUCAUUAAAGUCCGGUUGCAGGCCAAGGACGUCAUCGCCGUCCAGAGUGCCUCGUCCUACGCAAGCCAAUUCCAGAGCACCUCGUCGCUCGUCUCCGGCACCGCCGCGCCAAUCCUGGGAUACGGGGCGCUAAAUGCUCUCCUAUUUGUCUCCUACAACCGCUCAGAAGCUGCCCUGAACAAAGCCUUCGGGACGAAGAAGAGUCUCUGGUCAGCGUGGAUCGCUGGCGCCGUCGGAGGCUUGGCGACCUGGGUCGUCAGCACCCCGACCGAGCUGAUCAAAUGCCGCGCCCAGACGGCGACCCCGCGCGUAUCAAGCUGGGCCAUCGCCAAACAGACCUGGAGGACCGAGGGUCUCAGAGGCCUCUAUCUUGGCGGCGUUGUUACCGCAUUGAGGGACAGUAUAGGCUACGGGUUCUACUUCUGGACCUACGAGUUGUGCACCGAGACCUUUUCCGGACUUGACAAGGGCGAAUCGACGCUUGCGAAGGAGGCUACCAAGGUGCUGCUGUGCGGCGGAUUAGCCGGCAUCGCCACGUGGGCCAGCAUCUUCCCUCUCGACGUCAUAAAAACACGGGUCCAGACUCAGCCGCUUGUAGCAGCUCGGAGCUCGGAGAGGGCUCCUUUGCUAUCGGCGACAUCCUCAAAUAUAGAAUCACAAGAUGGCGCCCUCCAGCAGAAGAAGCCACAACGACACACCCUGAUGACCAUGGUAGCACAGCCGCACCCACCAUCCACCAUGGCCGAGCAAGCUACCAAGUCCCUGUCCGACAUCAACAAGGCCUACUGGGACGAAAAAGCCGACCAGGCCUUCGCCCAAGAAUGGAUCAAACCCAUCGCCAACCUCACCACCCGCAUCCUCCGCGAGCACGCCACCCAACUCGGCCUCAGCAAGGACACGCCUAGAGAAUCCCCCGUAAAGAUGCUAGACUACGCAUGCGGAAACGGUCUCGCCUCAUGGUCCCUAGCCCCCUAUGUCGAUACCAUCCGUGGCAUCGACAUCGCCCCUGGAAUGGUGACCAAGUACAACGAGCGCGCCAAGGAGGCUAACCUCCCACCUUCUACCAUGUCCGCCGUUGAAGGAAACAUCCUAUCACCAUCCGAGGCCCUCCAGGGUCCGGAUUGGUCCGGGUUCGAUCUUGCCGUCACCUGCAUGGCUCUUCACCACUUCGAAGAUGCAGGAGAGACGCUUCGUGCCAUUGUUAGUCGCCUGCGACCCGGCGGAACCAUCGCCAUUACGGACUGGGUUCCAAACGGGGCUUGGCCGCCCAAGGGUCAUAGCCACCACCACCACGGCGACGGUCACCACCACCAUCGCGGAGACCACCAUCACCAUCACCAUGGCCACGAGCAUGAAGAAAAACCCGAGGCGCACGCAACCAUCAACACGGAGGUGCUAUCUUCCGGAAAGGUCCUUGACAUGCUGGAGGCAGCGGGAUGUGACAUCAGCACGGCGUACUACAUCGUCGUUGGCGAGAAGUCGCAUAUCCCCGAAGAUGUCGUCAAGCGGCCUGGCGGAGUGAACACGAACAUGUUCCUUGCAUUGGCCAAGAGGAAGUAG